UUCAAUUUUGGCAACGACAGAACAAACUUCAAACAUCAUUGCCAAUUCUAAGUUUUCUUUUAUCUCCCCUUUUCCCCUCUUCUCUUUCUCUUAUCCCAGGCUAGGAAAAAAUGGAAUUAUGAAAAAUAAAAAAAAUAUACGUUUUAUGAAUUGGAGUUCCUCCUUUCAUUUCUUUCUUGGAGUACUAUUAUUAUUAUUUUUUCUUCGGUCGAGACAUUGGUGUUCUCUUUUUCUCUGAUUUUGGCCCCAAAUAAUCAACGGCACAUUUAACGAGCGUGGCAAUCUUUUAUCUCUAUCUAUACCUUUAGAAACAGAUCUGUUUGCUUCGCGGGAUUUUUUUGUCCGUUAUCAAUAAUAAAGCGCGAGGACGAGAUUUUUCAAUGAGAAACAGAGCUCUGUGAAAAUAUUGAACGUGAAGACGAUGCUGAUUUUAGAGAUAAUGCUGAGUUUACUAUUUUUUCUAGCUUUCGGGCCAUGGUGCGUUUAUUCUGAAGAGCGACUCCUGGUUGAAAUGACUCUGGUUCCAAACGCCACCGUGAACGGCGCUGUUUGUUUGGAUGGAAGUUUGCCCGCGUAUCAUCUGCACAGAGGAUUCGGUGCUGGAGUAAACAACUGGAUUUUACAAUUUGAGGGUGGUGGGUGGUGUAAUGACAUACCAUCAUGCCUGGAGAGAGCCAAAACCCGCCGUGGAUCAACUCGUUACAUGAACAAGUUGGAAGUCUUCUCUGGCAUCUUAAGCAACAACGCGUCCCUCAAUCCAGAUUUUUACAACUGGAACCGUGUGAAGCUGAGAUAUUGUGAUGGAGCCUCAUUUUCAGGGGAUAGCAAGUUUGACAAUGGGACAUCAUUGCUUUAUUUCAGAGGUUAUAAAAUUUGGGAAGCAAUUAUCCAUGAUCUUCUACCCAAGGGGUUGGCAACUGCAUGCAAGGCCUUGCUUUCAGGUUGCUCUGCUGGGGCUCUAGCGACCUUUCUGCACUGUGACAACUUCACAAAGAUGUUACCAAGCAAUGCCAGUGUGAAAUGUUUAAGUGAUGCUGGAUUUUUUCUGGAUGAACGAGACAUAAGUUUGAAUUACACUAUGAGGUCCUUCUAUCUUGAUCUAAUUGCUUUACAGGGGAUAGAGAAAAAUCUAAAUCAAAAUUGCAUGAGGUCGACCAACAAUUCAAAGCUGUGUUUCUUUCCCCAGUAUGCAUUAAAAUAUAUUACAACGCCAUAUUUUAUCUUGAACUCAGCUUAUGAUGUAUUCCAGUCAACUUUUCCCCAACAGUUUCAUCAUAGUUUGAUUCCACCUUCCGCUGAUUUGCAUGGACAUUGGAAUCGUUGCAAGCUUAAUCCAGCAAUGUGCAAUGCGAAUCAGAUCAAUGUAUUACAAGGUCUGAGGCAUGAUAUGCUUGUAGCUCUUAACUCAUUCUACAAAAAUUCAAUAAGUGGGGGGAUGUUUAUAAAUUCAUGCUUUGCUCAUUGCCAAAGUGAGUCACAGGACACAUGGUUUGCUGUUGAUUCUCCAAGAAUACACAAUAAGACCAUUGCAGAAGCAGUUGGUGAUUGGUACUUUAGCAGAAGAAUAACCAAAGAGAUUGAUUGCCCAUAUCCUUGUGAUACCACCUGCCACAACCUUAUACCAUCAGCUCAGGUUUAAGAUAAAUGAUUCUUCAGUUAUGACAAAUUCUUAUUCUUUGCCAACCUGUUGAAGCUCAUUGUGGUAGCUUUUUUUCAAAAAGAAAAGGAUGUUGAAAGGAAGUAUAGAUCGUAUUUUAUGGCAACAGCCAUUACACCAGAAUCACACUUGAUUUAUCACAAUAGGAUAAAAAAAAUCAAUUGAUUUUUUACAUUCAUACUUAAAGUUUUGGUCAGUAUGCUGAGAAGAAAUAUCAGGAUAGCAGAACUAUCAAAUUACUCUAUUCACAAGAAAUAGACUGUGAUAUUCUUUUAUCUUUUUUUUUUUUUAAUUAUGAUUAUAUUAUACUUUGUCCUAGAAUAUGAUCUUUGAAACAAGAUGGACAUCUAUUCCUUGUAUUACAUCAUUAUGGUUUCUAACCUGACUUGGUCAAUUAAAUUUAAUUCAUGAGUAUGCUUAGAAAAAAUAUGUAACAUGUACAAAAUAUAAAAAAUAUAUAGAAGAUGGAAUAUUAAGGCUUUAAAAGUAUCCAAAGAUAGAGCUUAAGGAAAAAUGGUUAUGCAAUCCCAAUAAUUAUGAAUUUCUGAAAUCGAUCAUAUGGGCAAUAUCUUAUUCAAAGUUAAAAUUUUAAAUUUAUGUAAUUUCUUUUUUGGACUUUACAUAUUAAAUUGUUU